GUGUGGCCCCAUUGGUCGGUGGCGGCGGAUGAGGCGGCCCUAUUGGUUGCGGCGCCGGGCGCCACCAUGUUGGAGAGCUCGCGGGGCUGUUGGCACUGGCAGCGCCGGCCGGGGAUGGCGCGCGGGCGCCGGCGGGGGUGCCAGAGUAUACACCCCUUUGGUUUUGUGCUGUGCCUGCUGUUUGUUUUUGAUUUUGGAAAGUGGUGCUGGACUGGCUUAGAGGUGGUUGGCUGUUGCAGGGCCCCAAGUCUUAAGAAUAUAAAUGGAUUCCAUUUCCUCAACAAAUAGCAGAGUGCUGACUAUGAGGUACUAGAAGAUACUUCAGUGAUGAUAGACCCACAAGAGUGAAAAUUAUGAAUGAAAUGCAUUAACAUUCCCCUCCUGACCCUGAUCUCUAAUAGACUUCCUGUAGCCCUUGGAAGAGAGGGUCAGGAGAGAAGGGUUGAAGGUCACCAUGAAGCUAAAGCAGCGAGUGGUACUGCUGGCCAUCCUCCUUGUCAUCUUCAUUUUCACAAAAGUUUUCCUCAUUGACAACUUGGACACUUCAGCUGCCAACCGGGAGGACCAGCGGGCCUUUCACCGCAUGAUGGCAAGCUUGCGUGUGGAGCUAGACCCCCGACUUGAUCAUACGCUGCAGUCCCCCUGGGAGAUUGCCGCCCAGUGGGUGGUACCACGGGAAGUGUAUCCUGAGGAGACGCCGGAGCUAGGGGCUGUUAUGCAUGCCAUGGCUACCAAGAAAAUUAUAAAAGCUGAUGUGGGCUACAAAGGGACCCAGCUGAAAGCUUUGCUGAUACUUGAAGGGGGACAGAAAGUGGUCUUCAAACCUAAGAGAUAUGCCAGAGACUAUGUAGUAGAAGGAGAGCCAUAUGCUGGAUAUGACAGACACAAUGCGGAGGUGGCAGCCUUUCACUUGGACAGAAUUCUGGGUUUCCGGCGAGCUCCACUGGUUAUUGGCAGGUUUGUGAAUCUGCGUACAGAGAUCAAACCCGUUGCAACAGAGCAGCUGCUGAGUACCUUCCUGAUGCUGGGUAAUAGUACCUGUUUCUAUGGGAAGUGCUACUAUUGUCGAGAAACAGAACCAGCUUGUGCUGAUGGAGAUACCAUGGAGGGGUCAGUCACGCUAUGGCUUCCGGAUGUCUGGCCUCUUCAGAAGCACCGGCAUCCUUGGGGAAGGACUUACCGUGAAGGCAAAUUGGCCAGGUGGGAGUAUGACGAGAGCUACUGUGAUGCUGUGAAGAAGACCUCACCUUAUGACUCAGGCCCCCGCCUCCUUGAUAUCAUUGACACCGCCAUCUUUGAUUAUUUGAUUGGGAAUGCUGACCGACAUCACUAUGAAAGCUUCCAGGAUGAUGAAGGAGCCAGUAUGCUCAUCCUCCUGGACAAUGCCAAAAGUUUUGGAAACCCCUCCCUGGAUGAGAGAAGCAUCCUAGCUCCUCUUUAUCAGUGCUGCAUUCUGUGUCCUCUACUUCAAGUUCCUCCAAACACAGUCCUAGAGGAGAGGUUUCCAGAGGCAAUUCCCCUUCCAUCCUUGCAGAAGAUUGAACAGCUCCCUGCUCUUCUGGUCUUCAUUCUCACUGAGCCCAGCAUCCGGGUUUCCACCUGGAACAGACUGAACUACCUGAAGAAUGGAGUGCUGAAGUCUGCCUUAAAGACUGCCAUGUCUCAUGACCCCAUCGCACCAGUGCUCUCCGACCCUCACUUGGAUGCCAUGGACCAGCGGCUCCUGAGCAUCCUGGCUACAGUGAAACAGUGCACAGACCAGUUUGGUCCAGACAUUGUGCUGGUGGAAGACAGGAUGACACUCUCUCAUUUGUAACUUUCAUGGAAAACAGAUGAAACUCCCUUUU